CUGAAACGUUCAACUCAUGUUAGCUUAAGAUGUGUUGCCCUGCUUCGUUCGUUUAAUCUUUGCAACGUUUUGCCGUCUUUUGAUCCCCCCCCCCCCCAUCGGCCAUCUUAUCUCCCACAAAUUAAUGCUCACGUAUGUUUUAAACCGCUGUGGACAUUAUUGAUACGUUACUUAUGUUGCUAAGUGUUACCGUCAACGCCGCCGCCCACGCUAGCAACGUUAGCUUAUACCUUUAGCAAAGGAGGCUUCCGUACAAGUUAGUGAACUUUUAACAUUACUUUCAGCAUUAGUUUCAGCAAAAGUUGAUCAUUAUGUCAAGUCAACUGACUGCAGAGCAGCAACGAAAGAUUGAGGAAAACCGGCGGAGGGCUUUAGAGAGAAGAGCUCAAAGACUUGGACACACCAUCAGCAGCAGUACAAACACGUCAGUAGGCAUCAGCAGUACUUCGGUGCAGCUACAGCCCUCUAAGCUACAGCCUUCUAAACAGAGCGGUGCCUCGGAUCAUGCUACGCUGGCUCAUCACAGACACCCAGAAACACUCGGCUCAGCUUCUGCACCAGAACGGUUUGUUCCACCCUUCAAAAAAGACUCGUCGAGCUUCAAUAACUAUAAGCAGAGCCAAAAGCAUCAGCAGCUAUCCAGCACUAGCAACCAAAGCCACCAGAGUACUGCUUCUAAAAGACAGAUACAAGUCAUUGACGCACUUCCUCAGGCAAGAAGUCAACAUGUGAGCAGUCCUGUUUUGUCUAUCGGAGGAAGCUUUGGUGCGAAGCCAGCUCAUCCCAAUCUUAACGUCACCUCCAAUAGCUCUGGUGGUGCAGGGAGUUCAUUCUACAAGCAAACUAGUAAACCUGCCCAAAGUUCUGUGACACAGCUUCCCUCCAGUUCGUCAACUUUGAAUGGAGUACCCGCUAAAAAGCCUGCCAUCUCUGUAAGGGGGAAAUGUGUCCCUCACACAGAGGGCCGCUUCAGAGUAGAAGUGGGCUACCACGCAGGGUUGAUUGCUGUUUUCAAAUCCAUCCCCUCUAAGAACUAUGACCCUGCUACGAAGAUGUGGAACUUCAGUCUGGAGGACUAUCAACAGCUGAUGAAGGAAGCGGCUGCUAUGGCCUCCGUGUCUCUGAGGCCUCUGGAGGGAAUGGAAGCCGUGGAUGUUGCAGAAGCCACCAGCCGAGCUCGCGAUGGUGCGGGACUGGGGGCUCUGCUGAAGCUUUGUAAAGGCUGGCAGAAACCAGGAGCCAUUCUGCAGGGCCAGUGCAUCAUGGUGUCUCCGACAAAGUUUGAGAUUGACAUCGGUUACAAUGUCGAGGUCAUCGCGGCAUUCAAGCAGAUGCCCACAAAGAGCUACAACAUGAAAACAAAAAAGUGGAGCUUUUCACUGGAGGAUUACAAGAGACUUUUGGAUCUCCUCAGUGGGAUAGCAGCAGUGGAGGUGGAGCCUCUGCCCAGGGCAAUAGUCCAGACUUUCUCUGCCAGGUUUGACGGGACUGAAGCCAGGUCUUUAGACGUCCCUGAGGCAGACCUCUCCAGCAUCGACCCGUUGCUCACCUCCAGCCUCAUGCCUUUCCAGAGGGACGGAGUCAAUUUUGCAGUGUCUAAACAAGGCCGCCUCCUCCUGGCUGACGACAUGGGCCUGGGAAAGACUGUGCAGGCCAUCUGUAUUGCAGCCUACUACAGGAGUGACUGGCCCUUGCUAGUGGUGGCUCCCUCCUCUGUACGAUUCACCUGGGCCGAGGCCUUCAGACGCUGGCUCCCCUCCCUGAGUCCUGACAGCAUCAACGUGGUGGUGAAGGCCAAAGACGAUCUGCGGUCUGGUUUGGUCAACAUCAUCAGCUACGACCUGCUGAGCAGGAUGGACAAGCUGCAUCUCGGACAUCCCUUCAAUGUCCUCAUCAUGGAUGAGUGUCACUUUAUGAAGAACAUGAAGACUGCUCGUUGUAAAGCAGCCUUGCCUUUGCUAAAGGCAGCAAAGAGAGUGCUCCUUCUGUCUGGGACCCCUGCCAUGUCCAGACCCUCCGAGCUCUACACCCAGAUUCUGGCUGUCAGACCUACGCUCUUCCCUCGCUUCCAUGACUUUGGGAUGCGCUACUGCGGUGCCACACAGACGACUUGGGGGUGGGACUACUCUGGCUCAUCUAACCUCGGGGAGUUGAGGCUGUUGCUGGACGAGUGUCUGAUGUUGCGCCGCCUCAAGUGCGACGUUCUCUCCCAGCUUCCUGCUAAACAACGCAAGGUUGUCACCGUGACCAUAGAUGGUAUCAACACCCGCAUAAAGGCUGCUCUGUCAGCUGCUGCCAAGCAGUUGGCCAGUGGACACCGCAAUAAAAUGGAAGAGAAGGAAGCCCUGCUCGUCUUUUAUAACCACACAGCGGAAGCCAAGCUACAAGCCAUUAUGGAGUACAUCACAGAUAUGGUGGAGUGUGGGAGGGAGAAGUUUCUAGUGUUCGCCCAUCACAAGUUGGUCCUGGACCACAUCACCACAGAACUUUCAAAAAAAAAUGUCCCUUACAUCCGUAUUGACGGGUCCACUGCUUCAGCUGAACGGCAGCAGCUGUGUGAGAAGUUCCAGGUCUCGACCAAUACCUGUGUGGCUGUACUGUCCAUCACCGCAGCUAACAUGGGUCUCACCCUGCACGCUGCUGACCUGGUGGUCUUCGCUGAGCUUUUCUGGAACCCCGGGGUUCACGUUCAGGCAGAGGAUAGGGUGCACCGUAUUGGACAAACCAGCAAUGUGAACAUUCAUUAUCUGGUUGCAAAGGGAACCGCUGAUGAUCACCUGUGGCCAAUGAUCCAGGAAAAAAUGAAUAUCUUGGAGCAAGUGGGCCUGUCUGAGUCAAACCUCUCCGACAAAGCUGUGAACGCCAGCUUCCACUGUAAGGACCCUAAGCAGAGGAGCAUCAUGGAGAUGUUCCAGAGGUCUUUCACUGCAGAGGACGACAUGGACGAAGCCACCUUACUGGAGGCUGCAAACGACUGGGAGGACACGCCGCCUGAAAAUAGUUCUGCUCAACAACACGGCAUGGUCGGACAAAGCACCGGCAGCAAGGGCACCAGAGAGCAUUUCAGCAGAUGACUCUGAGAUUGUUCGUGUUGACACAUUACAUUAACAUGACUGUUUUGCUUCUUGGAACAAAUCCCAGUUUUUAGCUCAUCAUGACUGAUGUGAACUUAUUUUGUUUUGUAAAAGUUAACAAAUGCAUCAGUGCAUUUAAAUAGAUGUAAAAUAAUAAUCUGACAAACCUAUAUAUAUUUUUUAUGCUAAGAUAAAAUAAAUAAAUGUCUGACUUGUUUUAGAAUCCCUCUGACGUUGUAACCUAAAUGUUAAGUUGUUUUAGUUUCCUAAAACUGCUGGUUUUACCUUGAGUUUCAUUCAUAAACCCCAGUCCCAGUUAUCUGCCAGCAAGCUGUUAAUAAUGCCAAGAACUCGGUGGUAUAGCUUUUAUAACUUCAUAUUCUCGACAUUCACACAGUUAAUUAUCCAGAGUAAGUUAUCCUCCAUUGUUAAGCCAUCCUGUCAUUAAGCUAACAGAAAAAAAACUAAUCGCAGCAUGUAGGAGCAAUCCAAGACAGACUGAUUGAACAGUUUGGAUUCAGUUAAAGGCUUUUCUGAAAUGAUCAGUUGCUCUGUGGCGACUGUGUGAAACCUUGUCUCAGUCAUGAAGCUUACAGCUGCUGUUGCGAGCCAAGAAUGUCUAUAAACUAUUCGUGACCGUCAGCAGUAUUUAUAAAAGUCAAGUCUACAAGUACUCCCUUUAACUGGCUAUCGAUCCACCACCUAAAUGUCAGAUAUGUCUUCUUGUUUAUUUCAUGAUUCAUGGAGUGAUGGACAUUGUUCCCAUAAUGUUACAGAAUAAGCCCGCAAUACAAAAGAAACUACUAAGUGUGCCGAUUCAGUUUGAGUGCUCUGGGUUGUCCCUUCCUUCUGUCUGUGGGCUGCAAGGAUUUAUAUUAGGUGGGUCACCUGUAAAGUAAAGAAGGGGAUUAGCUCAAAUCUUCUGCAUGUCACUCACAUAUUAAUACAUCAACUAUAUGAGGAAAGAUCCUGCAACCAAUAAAACAGUAUUAGAUAGUAAUACAUUGUUUUGUUAUUCAUCAGCCACAGGACUCAUGGAAACAUUGUGUCACCUAAACCUAUUAAUACUUCAACUAUCAUGAGAAUAUAUUGCACAUUUGAAUUGAAAUGAUCCUCAAUGCAGCUGGUCAGGAUUUACUUCACACUCUAGGCAAAAGCGACGGUAAAAGCAGUUUCAUCUCUAUUCCAGCUGAUGCUAAGUGACAUGAAGAUCAAUGGCCUCAUUUCUCUCUGAAUCAGAUGAGAUGCCUCUCCUUGCUAAUGGAAGCCAUCUGAAAUUGUCAGACAAGAUAAGUAUCUACUUGCUAGUUACACUCAUUUUCCGGGACGUAAUGCAGUAAUUGCUGUCUUAAUUCAAGAGAUUGGUCCUUUGAAAUAUGCAGCCCUCACAAAGAAGGACCCAAAUACAAUUUAACAGAAAGAGGAAAUGCAGUUUUGUUUUAGGGCAGUCCCCAUCAAAAGUAACAUUUUAAAGGUUGGCAGAGCUGACAAAGUUGAAAUAUCAGUGGUAACCUGGGACAUGCUGCCAAACAGAAGGAUGAAAAUGUAAACUAUAAAUAUAUCUAUAUAGUGAAUAUCUUUUAUUCUGUAAUGUCCUGUGAUUACAUACUUAUCCCACAGGGGAGUUUAUGACUCGUUACCAUUAUUUACAGCUUCCAGAGGCAUUUUUCAUCGGUCUUAUAAAUGUGAUAUAUUUACUAAGGAGUGAUGACCAAUACCUCAGAAAACUGAUGAGGAAUGCCUGUGCUCAAACUGACUGGUGCGCAAUGGAUUGUGGGAUACUAAGGGCUGCAAAGGCGUAUAAACUGGUCGUGUGUUGUCUGUGAGCCUUUGGGCAGGAACAUGCCUUUCUUUGUCUCUGAUCUGAAGAUGCAAAGUUUUAACCCUUGAAUUGGGAUAGCUAACAUGUCGGUGGAAUACUUCUCACUCAUUACCAACCUUCGCGAUGGUUGUCAGACAUUUCUUCAGUUGAAGAUCUUGAUAUUCUUGUUUUCAUUUGCAGAAUUGUCUUGAUCUUUUUCUGCAAGAAAAGUCAUUGUUGCACUAUUUUUCUUUUCAACCAUAAGAUGAAAUAUCGUUUCUAGCAGGAAUAAACAUCAGAACUAAAUUGUUAUGUAUUUGGAACCAGGUGGUGUGCCAGAUGGAAAUGACUGUCACACACAUCAUAUGAUUACCGAAGCUGGUUGUGUCAGUCUCUCCAUCACCGGUGAGCUCUGCGCAGAUGUCGCCGAAGAUAAAACGGAUCUUUUCCUCUGCCUGCUGCUCAUUGGAGGAGCCGUGCACUGAGUUAUGGAGGAUGUCGGAGGCAAAGCGGGCUCUCAGGGAGUUUGGGGAUAUAGUCUUAGCUUGAUCAGGGUCUGAAGGGCCCAUAGUGGCCCUCCACUCCUCCACUGCAUUUUCCUUGGUCAGUACGAGCAUCAUACAGGGCCCCCUGAAACAAACAAUGACAGGAUGUUCAUGACUGCAUUCAGAGGAUGAGGCUCAAGUUUCAUGCUUGGCUAGUAUGACCAGUGACUGCUGACAUGUAGGUCUGGGAAAAAGAUGUUUUGUUGUUUUAGAUGUAUGGUUAAAUGUAGCAGCUGUUCAAUCACUGUAUUUGAACAUGUAGCAAGGACCUGCUUUACACUGAAAUGUAGUUGUUAGACAUCUAAAAAAAGCACUUUUCAACUUAAAAUAGCUCAAUUUGAACCUAAACACCUCCUGAUAAUGAACAAAUCAGUGCUAUAAGUAUAACUAUAAAGAAUAACUUAGCAUUCACAAUGCAUUUUCCAGCUGCUCAAAGAGGGUUUUUAAAGAAAA